GUUCAACGUCACGUAUCGCUUGAUAUGACGGUGUUUUGCUCCACAGGCUCAGUUAAAGAGCAAGUGAAUGCCAGAGAUCACAUCAGCUUCACUUUCUCAACGAUUUACAUUAUCAGCAUUUCCUCUAUCUCUCUGCAUGUUUGUGACUGGGGAAGAACUGUUGUGGUUCAUUGGAUGUAAGGACGCGUAUCUUUUAAAAUCAAGAACAAAAGCUAAAUAAAACAGAAAGGAGGAAAAAAAAGGAUUUUCACUGACAAGCUGUACUGGUGAAGAUGAAUGUUCUGGAGGCUUCAGGAGACCCAGAGGGAGAAGGCAGUGAAGACUUAACAGGAAGGAAGAAGUCUAGGUUAAAGUCUUUUAAGUCACGCCUGUUUGGGAAGAUAAAGAGGAAAGAGGACGACGGUGGUAUGAAGCAGAGUCAGUCUGAAAGUGACAUCACAUGGGGUGUGGAAGAUUCAGAUUGCUCUAAAGGCAUGCUGGGAUCCCGGGCAUUUUCACAUGACAGCAUUUUUCAGGCAGAACAUAGUUUUUCAGACCCUGAACCGCUAAGAAAUCUGUCUCAAGAGAACAUUCAUGGCAAAAUUCGAACUCUUCAGAUGAAACUCCAGCAGCAGAAGAUGCAUCUAGGUCCACCCCCCGUUCUGUUGCCCAUUAAACGUCGUGAAGAUUUAGGUGGAAGUUCAGAAGAUGAUGGCCUUCCUCGUAGCCCCCCUGAAGUGUCCCGUGGUGAAGGAGUAUACAUGAGCAUAUCGAUCAAGAAACAUAGCACCUUGAGCUUAGCUGGAACAGGAAGUGAGGAGGAAGAACAGGCCUCUUCUCAGAAUCUCUCUCCUCGACCUAUCAGCCCAGCACCUGCACCCCUUUCCCCACUUGCCCCUGGCUCAGGGGUAGACUUCAGCACCCCUCCACAGUUCACUUCCCUCCUGGACAACUCUGCUGCCCGUCACCGUAUGUCCCUCAAACCUAAGAACCAAAGGGCCAGUGCCAAGAACAAGAAGGUGGUCACUUCAGCUGUAAGCAGAACACGAUCUGAGAGUUUGAACAGUCUGGACUGUUCAUUGACUACGAGGGAGGAAGAAGAAGGGCUGGCUCUCGUAAAAGAGAUACCUCGUGCUCACUCUUAUUCCUCUCAGGUCUUGCGCCCGGGGGAGAGGCUUACAGCUUCACAAAUCAAGAGUUUUCCAGUUUCACCUUUAAUAUCUCUGCAGACUUCUGGAGAUAGUAGACAAGUUUCUGCUGAACCUGAGCUUGAGAGAAAAAUUCUGUCCACAUCACCUCCGAUCCCUAGCCUAAGAGAGGUGACUCCAGCUGAGUCACCAGUAGCCAAACCGCCAAUCCCAGUGGCGCCAAUUGAUAGAAAGGGAAAAGGAGAAGUAAGUGAGAUGCUUAAUAGCUCCAAACUUCUCAAGAACAGCCAAAGUAACCUUGUGUCAACUGUAAGACCAAAUGUGAGUACCACACCAGAACUGAGUCUCGUAAAAGAUGAGAAGUCUAAUGCUGUGCUAAUACAAAAGAAGAUGGACACAUUGAGCAAAUAUAGUGUUGAAAGUGCACUAAAUAUAGAAAAUCGUCUGGCCUCUACUCAUGCUCCAGCCAACGUGACUUGUGGAGUAAAUCUAAGACCAUCAUCUUUGAGGAGAAAUGUACCAUCUACAGAUGAAAAACAAGAAUCCAAGACUCUUCAGCCAGUCAGCACAGAGUCGGCUGUUAGUCAGGAAGAUCACACUCAAACAAAACCCAUAAAGCGGGAGAGAACUGUGUCUGGAUCAUUCCACUUCAGUGUCUCCUCAGACAAGAAUCAAGAGCGGCCGAGGACUGCAAGCUUCACUGGAGUAGUUGGGCAAGCUGGACUGAAAAAAGAAGCUACCGAAGCUACCAAACCUUUAAAUUUUAAGAUAGAGCGACAGGUAAGUUCACAAGUUGAGAAAACAAUAAAAGACCUGUGUGGUAACUUACCACCAGCUUCAAAGAAGGAAGACAAAACAGACACCGAUUCAGUGAUACCAACAAAAGAGGAGAGUCAGGACAACAAGAUACAGGAGAUUGGUGUAGAGGCCACUGAGGAAGAAGUACAAGAGUUGGCAAAAGAGGCAUUUGAGGAUGUGAUGGAAGAUAUGAUGGUGGGAAAAGAGAGGGAGACUACAAAUGCAUUUGGAGUGAAGCUUCGCUCUACCUCUCUUUCGUUAAAGUUUCGUUUGGACAAAGCUCAGUCAGAAGACAAGACAAAACCUCUGGUCUCACAGCCUGAUUCAACCAGCUAUGUAGAACCUGAAGAUCAACACACAGGCCUGGGGUCUAUAAGACUCCAUGCUAAACUCAAAGACCCUUCUCUCCAAACCGACGAGUCCUUAACUUCAGUUCAGUCCUCCAGUUCACCACUCAAGGGUUUCUGUAGAGACAAAGAGAGAGCUGGCUUCCUCAGACAUGCUGAACCUCCUCAGCCCUCAUCAUCAGCCAGCAAAGAUACUAAGAUUGUACCUUCACCCCCUAAAGAAGGUAUAGACUCGCCUCGAGAAGAGACUACAGCAGUGUCCUCUCAGGAGAACGCACCAGCAUCUACAGCUUCAGAGCUGUCCUGGAUGGAGAUGGCCAGAGAGAAGACCAGAAGUCUACAGCAGCUUUUUACCAGCAGACUGCCCGAGUUUCCUAGCUUGCAAUCACGACCAACAACCUUGACCACAACACAACCACAAAUGCAAACAUCCACUUCACAAGCCAAUCCAAGAAUCACUCAGAACAUUACAAGCCAGCCGACAGCUACACAAUCUCCUUUGAGACCUACAGAAACAAAACAACUUCCAUCUGCACAGCCCUCCGGAAGAUCCACACAAUCUACCACUCAGUUCACUCCAAUGGAUCCUCAGACUAGAGCAACAUCAAGCCAAACUUCAGCAAAUUCAACCACUAGUCAAUCUCAAAUUGAAAGUACCAGAGAAGUCCAGUUUCAAUCCAAAACUCAAAUUUGUAACUCAACAACAAAACCAACUCAGUCUACAGUUACAUGUACAUCAAACGUACAAUCCACCACUCAAGCCAUACCCACAUCAAAACAGCCAUCACAAGCAUGUGCACCACAGCCAUCACCACUGCGAGCAGCAUCACAGACCCCCACACAGGCUAUACUGCGUCCCACACCUCCCCCAGGUUACCCGCACUUAUCGUCGAGCCCAAAGUUAACAUCCCACCUAGUCUCCCAACAGUCUGCCAAUACUGUGUCAAAGGAUCAGCCUCAGAAUGAGGGGGGAGAGCCCAGCGUAAUCUCAGGGAAAGCUGACAGGGUGUCUGUGCCUCAAGGCAAGGGGUCCGGGCUCGAGGAUGGCAGACCUGUAUGGGCAGCAGGAUUAGGAAACAAGACCUCGCUGGUGCAGCGCUGGGAGACUCAAACUACUGCUGCAACCAAGACAGGUGAGCAGAAAGCCACAUCAGAGUCCCCCAGCACUUCUCAAUCAACAGUUCCUCUCAGACCGAUCUCAAAAGUCUCAGGUACAAGCACAGGAUUCGACCCAAGUAUGUCAAUGCAAGCAUCAGUCUCUUCUGUUCCCAUGAGAUCAACAGACAGAGAGGAUAAAUGGCAGCAGAAACCAGUGCUGCCAUCAUCAUCAUCACGUUCAUCAUCACCAUCCUCAUCUCCUGUGCAGUCUGUUCGUGACAGUGCUCAACCAUCCUGGAUGGAGCUGGCCAAGAGGAAAUCACUGGCAUGGAGUGAUAAGACUAUGGACUAAAAAAAAAAGAACAUUAUAAAAAACAUGGAGGAAGAGUUUACACGUGCAAGACAGAAAAAAAAUGAGUUGGAUGAGGUUGAGUCUGUAUAAGGUUGAAAAGGAGGAUCUGAGAACAUUUUCAUACUGAACUUUAAUCCAAAGAAUUAUACUUAAAUUAGUGGUUUGCUCCUUGUAAACUUCAGUAGACUUUGAAGUUAAUGUUAAAGCAGAAUGGUCUUGAUGAACCACUAUUGUUUAUGUAUAUUAUUAAGGAAAACUUGCACAUUCAGCAGUCAUUCAUUUUAAUACUGUUUGCCUUCUAAAACCUUGUGAGCUGCUUGCGUUCUCUCCAUGUGAAGUAUGAAUGUAUGCACAGCAAAUAGGUACCAACAUUUUUGUAAUGAAACAAAACUAAAGGGAGAAGUGUACUUUGAGCUUUAAAGCCACAUUCUCUUGCAACACUGGUUAACCACUACUUGUAAUGUAUUUUGUAAAUGCACCACAGUGUAGCACAACAGAAUGCAAUGAAAGUAGAUCAGAGGUGGACAGAGAAAAUGAGGAAAAUAAAUUCAGGUUCAGGCUCGAGCAAAAGCACCCUGAGUGAGAUCUCAGGAAUAGAAAAAGACGGUAUGUUUUACCCACUCACACGUGUGCGGACACACACACAACUAUAGAAUUGUCUCCCUUGUAAUAUGUUGCUCAGGUUUAACACCUCGUGUCAUUGUUUUCUUGUGAAAAUGUUGAGUAUUAAUUGAUUUAUGAUUAUUUCCUUUCCAAUUACACAUUUUAUUUAUUUCCAUGAAAUCCAUCCAAGAAUUUGUAUGUAUUGUGACAUUGUAUCACCUGUUAAUUUUCUGACUCCUAUUAGAUUUCUGUUAUUUUAUGUUGAAUGUUAAAUUAUGUGGCUGUAAAGAAUAAAUUACUUUGAGCUUGCUUUUGAAAAUACCAACUCAACUUCCUAGGCCAAUAAAUUCAACUUACUAAAUAUGAGACCUGUGAUUUGUAAUUUAUCAUAAAAAAAAUAAA